AACCUUAUAGAGUCUUUUUUUAGUAUUGUUUAUUGUUUUUGAAAAUGUAAGAUCCCAAAAACCUCUUUCUGCGGGAGAAUCUGAUAUGAAAAUUAUUUGUUUUUUCACAUCACAAAUGGAAUGUUUGUCGACACAAUCUUAGCAACACCAAGCUGAGGGUAGUUAAACGCAUGUAAAUGGUAUUUGGAAUACUUUGAUCAAUCAAUAGCUUCAAUCUAAUAGUAAAUUAACUAUGGAUAUCUGGUGAGUAUAAAUUAAUCACCGAAUGUGAAUACUACUAACAGUGAAUAACACAUUGAAACUACCUCACUCCUCUUACAUUAUUUAUUAAUGGGCAAAACAAUAACAGAAGAGCCUUUAUUUCAGAAAAAACGAAAAUUCAAAUUCCCUGACGGAUUUAAUUUAAACAAACAAUUUUCAAAUCCAAAAAAAGAAGACGAUUACUUUGUAAUCGGUCCAUCUGAUGGAAAAUUCUCUCAUCCAAUUGCCUAUAGAAACAGUCAGAAACGUAAUGCCCGUAGUGUUUCACCCAAGCGAAAAGAGAACUCUGAUACAACGUUGAAAAAGUCAACACAGACACCGGCGAACAAAUACGAUUGUAGGCAAAUACAACAACAACAACAACAAAGGCCACAAACUGUUCAUAAAACUCGAAUAGACGAAGCUAUCCAAACAGAUGGAACGCAUAAAGCUUUAGAAGCAGAAAUACGACGUAUACGAAAUGAGAUCGACAAUAGAAAAAGACUAUUACGUGAAAAAGAGGAAAUAAAACAGAAUAGGAGGCAAGUAAAAAAAACUGAGAAUGAUGCGAAGUACUCCUCUAAACCAGUAGGCGUUAACCAGCAUUCAGUUAAUAUUUGUGUUCCAGAUGCUCCACGUCAAGAUAAGCGUAUUAAAACUCCACUUCAAGAAUAUGGACAACAAAGCGAAAAGUUAGUGAUUCCUAAAGUUACAAAAUACACCAUUGAAAACAACAAUCGUAUCUCUGAGUAUCAGAGUGCAUUUAAAGCACCACAAAUGAAUUACCACCAGCUAGAUUCAACACAGUUUAUUAGACCAACAUCAGCAUCAUGUAAACUGGAUAAAUUUCAAGGUCGUAAAAUCCCCUACGAUACAGAAUACAGACAUGAGUAUAAACCCUUUAAAUAUGUUCCAAUAGACCAGCUAAAAUCAACUGAAAUAAGAGAUGAGAAAAGUGUGAAUAUUAUUCCAUUAAGACGUCCAGUAUCAGCUUAUGGAUUUAGAGAGAUAAAGCACACUGAUGAUGAAAAUGCAAAUAAGCGAAGAAUUCGAGCACUGACUCCACCUUCAAAACUACCAAAAAAGAUUUGCCAUAAUAUUAGUGAAUACAAUGCAAAAUAUCUUAAUUAUACAGAUUUAUUAAGUACUCAACCUAAUCGAUCAAAAUCAACAAUAGAGAACAACUUACCACCGUACAACUGGUAUCGCGAAUUAGUAGUGUUACGUGAAAAAGCUGAUGAAUAUCGAAAACGUGAUAGAGAAUCCCAUUUUUCACGUGAACACCUGGCACAGUUAGACUCUGAUUCAGUUAGUUACUGGGAUCCACCAAGUGAUGAAAGUUAUGCGCAAAAUAUUGAAAAAUAUAAAGAAAGUCUACAAAUGCCAAGAGCUGGAAAACCAUCUACAGAUCUGGUGUCUGAUCCGUACAACGAACCAUUAGCUAGUCAACGAAGAAGAGCAAUGCUAGACAGUUAUAAUGUUGCACAGAUAAUGGAUCAAGAUGAUGAUUGUUGUGAUACAGAAGAGGAUCAAAAUCCACAGUACGGCCAUUACCAACAACCGGCAUGCACACAUCCAUGCGCAGAAUACAGACGCGAUGUUAAUUGUCCACGAGACAACUAUGUAGGCAUGUUACCAGAUAAUACAAAAUAUACUCAGGAAAAUGAAUUACACUACAACUCAGAUUGUAGCUUAAAAUCUGAAAAUGAUCCACCUCGAACAAGUUUAGAAGGCGACUACUGUAGAGCAUGUAAUCGAUGCACUAAUAAUAAAUGGGUAGACUACCAAGAUUAUCAUCAUCAUCAUCACCAUCAAGUGGGAGAGAAAACUCGAAAUUCAUACCCAAGAAAGCAAAGAUCAUUAGAUGAAACAGAAUCAUUGACUAGUUGUAGUUCACUUUCAGAAAAAUCUAUAGAAUUAAGUUCACGCUUAGCUUAUGAAACUCUUAACCGAGCUCAAAGACAACAUCAACGUAUCCUGCGUGAACAAAAGUUAUACAAUGAAAAUGUAUACUCUCCAACUGCUUAUUCUAACAGCAAAUCUGUACAAUAACAACAAUAGCCGGUCACAUUAUAUGCUUUUUAACUGCACA